AUCCACUCAAUGGGUUGCUCAACCGCAUGAUCCCCUUCUCAAUGGAUGCAACAUGGCGGAAACAAGUGGACUAGAUCCCAAUUCUCUUUUCAGACCGUAACUAAAAUAUAAUGCUAUGUUUGAAAUGUUUUCAUUUGGGAAAUAUAAGUGGAUCGUUUAUAAAUUGUUUGGCCAAAAAAUAACCAUAAAGCCUUCAUUUGGAUAGAACUGUGAGAAGCACACAAUGAGCCGCCGCCACGCAAAAGAAUUCCAAGGGUCCUCCCCCUCCCCACCGUUGCCUCCAGAUCAUGUGUUGAACUCGGGAGCAGUGGUUUUCCCUGGCGCCUUUGAUCAGCAUGGAUAUCCUCUGGUUAUGUUCCCUGUGGAUGCUCAUGGCAACCUUUCAGAUCUAAGCAAAGCUGAAGUGGUUGACUUCAUACACUACUUUCUCUGUUUGCACAAUAAGAAACAGGAGGAGAGCUUGGUUUCAGUUGUGGCUGAUUUGAGACAAGCCACUCUUACUACUACUAGGUUCAUCGCUGAAACUCUUCUUCUCCUUGAGCUGCAUAGGAGGACCGUGUACACUGUAUACAUGAUUAAACCGAAAAAGAAAGAUGUUCUGAAACUAUUGUUGAAACAGCUGGUACCAUCAAAGUCUUAUGUUGCUCCGUUCAAGAGAGUUCUGCUGAAAGAAGUCUUCGAACUUUCCAACUACAUUGAUAGAAGCCAGUUGACUGCGGCUUUAGGAGGCUACCUGGUUUACUGUCAUCUGAGUUGUGUAACAUUUAUCAGGGAGAUUGAUGCCUUUGUCCAAGAGUUUCUCUCAGUGGUCCAGAGGCUCCCGUUGUGUAUUUCCACCCUGCAGACACUCUCCAGACAGCCUGUGCCCUCUGCCUUCACCGAACUGAAUGACUUCUGUCACAGCAGCGAAGCCAAGUUCCAACUGCUGCGGAGGGAGCUGGGCUUGGAUGAGCUGCUAAGGCACUGUGAGCGUGUGGUGGAGAAGCUGCACUACCCUGAGAAUGACUCGUGCUAUCAGGCCAUGGCCGGGACGGCCCUCUUCACCCACACAGCCUUCAAUAUGCUGCAGAACUACAGCAGGAUAACUGCAGCUGCUGAAAAAAUAGAGUUGCUGUGGCAACAGGCCUUUUCUAAGGCCCACCUCCAGGUGCAGGUCUUCCAGCUGCGUGAUGAGGGACAGCAGAUAACUGAACAGAUUAAAAGCUACCAAAAAGAGAAGCUCCAGCCUUACAGAAUAGAGAUCGCUAAAGAUGCGAGGAAGGCUGAGACGUUAACAUCUGAAUUUGAUGCCUCCAUCUAUAAACCUGCCAUGGCUCUAGUCCACCGUGCUGAGGAUGUGAUCCACACGUUAGCUGACACUCUGCCUCCUGGUGAUGCCCAGACCAGGGAAGAGUGGGUGCAGGAUCUGGACAGACUGAAGGAGAACUUCCACUCUGCUGUAGAGCUCCCUCGUCAGACCCUCGGAGCAGUCGCCGACUUCUACCACUACUACAACAAGGCCAAUUGCUGGUACGGCAUCGUCCUGUGUGAGAACUUUCUCCAAGACCUUCUGUGGGGUGUAAACUGUGACAGCCUCCCCAAACGGUACCACCCGCUGGAGAUGCAUGGCCCUGACCCUGUGUGGAGGCAGGCGGUCUGUGACUUCCUGAGAAGGAACCCCUCCCCAGACAUGGAGGAGCUGGUCCAGCUGGCUCACCUGGCCAAUGUCAUCCCUGACGCCCAGCUCCAGCAGAAGGGCAAACAGCUGUCACAAAGGUGCAUGACCCUGCGAAAACUCCUGACCUCUCCAGGGGCAGUACCUAUCAACAACUUCCAGUUGGCACUGCAGUGGCAGUAUGAGUUUCUGAGAGCCCGCCACAGGAAAGGGCCUGGGCCACACACUAACCUGGCUGUGGGCGGAGGCCCCGAGGCCAUUAACAGUCCAGAUGGGGCAUUAUGUAGUCUCCAUAAAACCUCUGGUUCCAGAUCAGACCGCCACACUGACAACCUGCACAGCCGUGGCUCCCUCUCUAACCUCAAACACCAAGUCCUCCUAGGUACGUCCCCCUCCAGUGCUAUCUCUGGGGCUGUGUCUGCUGUGGGGAAGCCUCCCUCUCUCAGCUCCUUUGACUCUGGCUUUGAUGGAGCAGGAAGCAGCCAUGUGGAGACUGGGGCAGGGAGGGAGGGAUGGGAAGGGCUGUCCAGGGUACCAGCCACCAGAGACUCCUUCAGGCCCAUCACCAGGCAGCCCCAGAUCCACGAGGAGAACAUCUCCAGCGUGUCUGACUCAGAGGACUGCAGGGAGGAGUUUGACUUUGGCUCUGUGGGCAACACCUCCAGGGCCAGCAUUCAGAUUAUCCCUAAAAUAACGGUGGACUCGCUACAUUUUCAGAUCAAGCUGAAGCAGUCAGCUACCCUGCCCCAGAACCCCUGGCUCAGUCUGCCUGUGGAUGACCUGGAGAACUCUUACACGGUCACCAUCACCCAGAACCCGUCACCACAUCAACGGGACAUCAAGAGCCCAAACCCCUCAGAGUGCUCCCACCACACCGACCAAUUAUCCAAUCGGUCUCGAGACCAGCCCACACAGACGGAGGUACACACCAGCCCUCAGAACAGAGGGGCACAGCCCAGUGACAGUAUCCUACAGGCACAGGACAGCUUUGAGGAGUCAGAACGGAGCCCCGUUUGUAAUUCCCUCUCCAGCACCAUCACAGAUGCAGGAGACGUGCCCAACUUCACUGCAGAGAGCAUUCCCACUCUUCUCUGGGAUACGUCUGACUUCCAUAACCCCAAACAGGACACCUGUGAAAGGAUUACAAGCUCCAUGACUGAAGUCUCGUUAAAUGACUGGGACCUAAAGGAACAGGAGGGUCUCAGGGAGGUGGCGGAGAUCCUGGACCGGGCAGCUGGAAUACUGGAGGUGGAAGAGAAUGUGAUGACACAGGAGCAGAUGUUGGAUGUUCUUCUGAAUACUGGGAGCACGAGCAAACUGUGGCCGUCAUGGGGCAGUGAGGAGCAGAAAAGUUUGAUGUCCUCCAGUGAUUUAAAAGCGGCGGGCGUCCUGGGUCUUGAUGACAGUCUUGACUCUGCCGACACUGACAACCAUAGUGAAUGCAGGUCAUCAGAGGCAGCCAGUGAAACUGAGGCAUCAGAAUGCAGCAUGAGCCACAAUGGAAGGCCAAUGGAGAACGGGCCGACGGGGUUGAGGCCCCCGCAAACCAACAGGGGACAGUUCCUAAAGGAGCUUAAAGGACUGCACGUUCUAGAUGAGCUCAUCAUGGAGGAGAACCUCAAGAUCCACAAGCUCAGACAAGCUGAGAACGAGAGCCUUGAUGAAAAGCCCACUCAAUUGGCGGGCUCCCGAAUUACGUGCAAGGAGAGGCAGGCGUUUCUAUUCGAACUAGAAAGGGAGAAAAGGGAAGUGGAGAGGAUGGAAAAGAACCUAGCUAAAGAGAUGACCAAAGGAUGUCAACUCACGAAGAGGAUGAGCAGAACCAGGAAAGUAGUGAAAUGCUCUAUAAUGGACAGGACUUCUAAACUGAAUAACUUGGAGGUGGGUGCUCUCUGUGAUGAUCUUAUAUCAGACCAUAGAGGCCGACACCUCAACGUAAAGCACUUGCCAACCCUGCCCAAAGACACCAUAAACCUUGAUCCUAAUGAAUCCCUCGUUAUUACUGCAACCUUUUCUGCCAUAAUGCCUGUAUCACAAGACUUUGUUCAAAGUGUAAAUGGUCAGUCUCCACAUGCGGUCUCUAGUAUAUCUGGCUGUGGUGAUGCCGUGGUAGAAGUAGAUGCUCCCAGCCAUAGUGAGUUUACGGAGCCCAGUGCACCACAACCGGUCUUAACUCCACCACAAAGCUAUUCUGAUCCCAGUGAAUUUAUUGAAGAGUUUGGAAUCCAACACCAAGAGGCUACAGAUGAGGAAGGCUUAGUCUUCAGAUUGGUGUCUAACUUGCAAUUUCCCCAAGAGGCCACCUUGACACCUGAAAUGUGCCCAAAACAUGGAGUAUUUGACCCGAGUUGGAAUUACAACAACAACCCCCCAGUGCCUAAACCAAGAAAGGCAUCACUUCCUGUGAAUGACAGAGGGCAAGAACUCAACAUCUCAACGGAAACCAUGUAUUUAACCCUCUGCCCUGAUAGUGAUUCAGACCCUGACCCUAGACUCGCACCACAAGUCAUGCCAGAGUUCAGCACUCAUCCGAAGCCUAAAGGGCGAAGCCUCAAACCUGUAAAGGAGCACAGCAAUAACCACAGCAACAAACCCCUCACAGCUCAACAGGCAUCCUUAUGCAAUAACCCUUUGGAGUCCCAUGGACAGACCUCUCUAGACACUUCCUCUGUUGAAUCAACAUUAACACCUGUUGACUCUGCCGGUGUUCAGAUAGAAAUCCACCUCUCCCAGAAAUCUGAGGAUAUUUCAAUGGCACAUUCUGGGUCUAAUUGUGAAGAGCUACCUCGUAUGUUUGCUGAAGUAAUAUCUGGAUCAUGUGAACCAAGCGGAGCUGAUGAGUGGAGAGAAGUAGAGAGCCCUGAUGGGUUUCAGGGGUGUAGGACUGCAAGGAGGGCCAUCAUUAGGUCACCUGUCAAUCAACCCAAUGUCCAAAUAACCACCAGAGACAUGACCAAUUUCAAGACUCCAAUAGUGCUGGACACUGGGUCUGGCUUGAUGAAAGCAGGGUUUGCUGAUCAGGACCUCCCAAAUACUAUAUUUCCAAAUAUCAUUGGGCUGCCAAAAUAUGAGGAAAUAAUGAAUGGCAACUUUGAACGGGAGACUUUCAUUGGACAUGAGGCUCAACACAUGAGAGGAGUCCUGGCACUGAAGUAUCCAAUGAAAAACGGAAUAAUAAGCAACUGGGAUGAAAUGGAGAAGAUUUGGCACCACACGUUCCAGCAGCUGCAGGUCGAUCCAGACGACCACCCUGUCCUGUUGACCGAGGCAGCCAUGAACCCGCUGGAGAACCGCCAGCGCAUGGUGGAACUUAUGUUUGAGUGCUUUAACGUUCCCCUCGCCUAUGUGGCCAUGCAGGCAGUGCUGGCGCUCUACGCAGCAGGGAGGUCCACAGGUGUAGUGUUUGACUCUGGGGAUGGAGUGAGUCAUAGUGUGCCAGUGUUUGAGGGAUACUGUCUACCUCACGCAGUGCAGCGCUUCACCCUGGCUGGCCAUGAUGUUACAAUGCACCUUAAAAUGCUUCUGCAGGAGCAGGGAGUGUGCAUGCGCACUUCUGCCGAGAUGGAGAUUGUGAGAGAGAUAAAGGAGAAAUGCUGCCGGGUUGCCCAGGACUAUGAAUCGGAGUUAACCUGUGGGCGGUCGGCUAGCAGUGAGAUGUAUUACACCAUGCCUGAUGGACAGGUCGUCCACCUCAGCACAGAGCGGUUCAGUGCUCCUGAGAUACUGUUUAAGCCAGAUCUGAUUGGACGAGACCAUUACGGGAUGCAUGAGAGUAUUUUCAAGUCAAUCCUCCUUUCAGACAUUGACCUCCGGCGGAGCUUUUUGGGGAACAUUGUCCUAUCAGGUGGAAAUACCCUGCUGGCUGGACUGCCUGAGCGGCUUCAGAGUGAAAUUAGAACCAUGGUGCCUACAGAUUUGAUGGAGUGUGUGCGUGUGACCAGCCCUAAGGACAGAGAUUUCUCUGUUUGGAGUGGAGGUGCAGUGCUAGCCAACUUGUCAUCCUUUGACUCAGCCUGGAUCAGCCAGGAGGAAUAUGAGGAACAUGGCCCACAGAUCGUCUUCAGGAAGUGCUUCUGAGCUGGACUCAUCAUCUGGACUGGAUGGUGCAAUAUAGCUCUACUACAUAAUGGCAGACUUGUUUUGGUCGAGAGGACAUUCCAGCACUGAAGCUUCCAACGCUCUAUUACUUUGAGUGUGAUAUAAAAUGUUUCUACUGUUGUCAGGCAGAUCAGACAAUAGUUGGGAAUGUUCUGAUUUAUGCUUAGUGACAUAAAUCCUGACUCAAGACAGUUGCAUUCCUUAAAUUGAUGCCUUUGUCAAUGAUGUCCAAAGAUUUACUUAGAAUCUUCUUAUCAGGGUCUGGCCAUGUGUAAAGAAAUAUUACAGAUUUGUACGCGCUUCAGAACAGGUUUGAACAUAUUUCUCUGUGUGCCUCUUGAAAUAUGUUUGUUUUCCCACCCUUCUCUCCUCUUUUCAAAUAGUUUUUUUUGGGGGGUGAACCAGGUAUUUUGGUGAUGGUAGGGAAACCAAUCUACUUUAUUUAAAGGCCCAUUUGAUCAGUCUUCUCCGUUUCUGAGAAACUACUACAUAUGCCAUGGUUUUGGCAAGGUCCAUGACAUAACUGUACAUGAUGGACAAAUUGUAAUAGUUUUCUGUACAUUUUUAUUAGCUUUCUUCAUUUUAUCUUGAAAUAACUUCAACCUAAAAUGUGCAUGUUCAUCUUUUCAGUGUUAACUUGGUGAAAGGUAAGUUACUGUAGUUUCCCCUCUAAGACUUGUAGCUAAAUCAAUGCAGGUGAAGUGUUGAGUAUGUGCAGUAUGUUGAUACUGCCACCACACCUAAAUGGUAGACUGACUGUUUUCAUUUUACUUCUCCAUUUUGAGUUUUCCCUCGACUCUCCACUUAACUGCGUUCAAUGUUGCAUGUCCCAAAAUGAAGGCCUAUAACGCAAGUCAUAUAGCCUAGUGGUUAGAGCGUUGGACUAAUAACCCGAAAGGUUGCAAGAUCGAAUCCCUGAGCUGACAUGGUGAAAAUCUGUCGUUCUGCCCCUGAACAAGGCGGUUAACCCACUGUUCCUAGGCCGUCAUUGAAAAUAGGAAUUUGAUCUUAACUGACUUUCCUAGUUAAAUAAAAAAAUCAUGUGCAUUGAUCUUUUAAACCUACUUUUUUUGUUUGAAGGGUCCCUUUGAUUCAAUUCACAACGUCACCUAUUCUUGACUCGGGUACAUGUUUGUUCACAAUAUAGACUUUUCUGACUUACGAGUAUUGAUAAAUCGUUCUACGUUUUGUAAUGAAUGUGACAUAUCUGUUAAGUGCAUGUUUUUCUACUAUGAAAGUGUUUUGACAGCAAAUACCUAAACUUGAUGAGAAAGUUGUAUGUUGAUUCAUUGCGGCUAUGACUUUCCCUUUUGAUGGUUACCUUGUACUCUUCCAAAAAAUGGCCUGUUCAUAUGGACACACAA